CCUCCGUUCGCGUCGGUAAGGGUGUCGAGCCCAGCUCGCGCUGGAACACGGCAACAGCGAAUAUAUACAGUAUUUUUACAUAUUAAAAAAAUAAAUCAUUAAAGGAAACGGAUGUGCCUCCGAAAACGAAACGGAUACCGUCCACCUGAUCAUAUUAAUGCAAAAAAUUGAGAGGUCCGUGGCCAAAGAGGGGAUGACAUGCAUGUUCCGAGGCUGUUAACAUCGCUGAGGAAUAGAAGACCAAUAGGCUGCCAAGAGCUGUCAAGCCAUGAUGGACAUACUGUACACAGGCCCUGUCCCGGCAGACGGAGAGUCUCCGAUGACUGUCAGCGAGAUGUCGCCCGGCCGGGCUCAACGGCAGCCCAACACACAGAGACCCAACACAUGCUGCUUCUGCUGGUGUUGCUGCUGUAGCUGCUCAUGUUUCACUGUUAGGAAUGAAGAGGACAGAAGGAGGAAAUCCCUGGAGACACAUCUGGAGACCAUAUCAAACUGUGAACCUUGCGCCAAACCAACAUUAGAGGAGAUGAGGGUUUGGGCCCAGUCGUUCGACAAGCUGAUGAAGAAUCCUGCAGGUCGGAACGUAUUCAGAGAGUUCUUAAGGACUGAGUACAGCGAGGAGAACAUGUUGUUCUGGCUGGCCUGUGAAGACCUCAAACAGGAGAUGAACAAGAACACAGUGGAGGAGAAGGCACGCAUGAUCUACGAGGAUUACAUCUCUGUCCUGUCUCCCAAAGAGGUGAGUCUGGACUCCCGGGUGAGAGAGGUGAUUAACAGGAAGAUACAGGAGCCUACGCCCCACACCUUUGAGGACGCCCAGCUUCAGAUCUAUACCUUAAUGCACAGAGACUCCUACCCUCGCUUCCUCAACUCGUCUCUCUACAGAUCACUGGUUCACCCGGGCUCCCGCACCUCCUCAGAGUCUUAGGUUCACCCGGGCUCCCGCGCCUCCUCAGACCUAGGUUCACCCGGGCUCCCGCACCUCCUCAGACCUAGGUUCACCCGGGCUCCCGCGCCUCCUCAGACCUAGGUUCACCCGGGCUCCCGCACCUCCUCAGAGUCAUAGGUUCACCCGGGCUCCCGCACCUCCUCAGUCCUAGGUUCACACGGGCUCCCGCACCUCCUCAGACCUAGAUUCACCCGGGCUCCCGCACCUCCUCAGUCCUAGGUUCACCCGGGCUCCCGCACCUCCUCAGUCCUAGGUUCACCCGGGCUCCCGCACCUCCUCAGUCCUAGGUUCACCCGGGCUCCUGCACCUCCUCAGAGUCAUAGGUCCACAACAUUUCACUCACUCACACUCCUCUCUCUCUGUCGCAUUCUUGAUCUCACUCUCUCUCUUUCUCCACCUCUCUCCCUCUGCUCUUCCUCGCUGUCUCAGUCUCGCUCGCCCUUCAUCCUCACUCUCUCUCUCUGUCUCACUCCAUCUCUAUCCCUUGUCUCUGUCUCUCUCCAUCCACUCCCCCUCUGUCUCUCUCCAUUGCACAACCACUAAAGGAGAAAAUAUUGAUCCUUUUGUGGAUUUUUCUAAUGAUUGUUGUAGGAAUUUUCUGUAGGAUUUUUUGGGCUGCCAUACAUUUCACAGUUGUUUUUUUUAAAGAACUCACUUCAUCAUGCCAUAUAUGGAUUUCCUGACUGCACAGACACCCACAAAUGCUUCCCUACUCCUUGCAUAGUGCACUACCCACAUAGGGCUCUGGUGAAAAGUAGUGCACUAUAUAGGGAAAAGGGUUCCAUUUGACAAGCCAAGUUAACUGGAAGACACAGGGUUUUUUCCACAGGAGGAGACAGACACAUUAUUUCUGUUGGAUUUCAUUCAUUUAACUGCUUGUGGUGACAGCUGCUUCAGCACCAACUACUGAUUAUUUGGAUUUACGUACAACAAUCUGCUUUUUGUUUUAUAGAAACUGUAUUUGUAUAUAGCACAUAUAUUUUUUCUUUCUCCAGACAAAUGUCCUAAUUUUGGAAGAGCGCUCAGAUAGGAGAAACUCGGCAAUAAGACACCGGAGUGAGUCGGACUACUUUCCAACGUUCACACAACGUUAAAGACAACGUUCACACAACGUUAAAGACAACGUUCACACAACGUUCCCAACCCCUGACCCCCCCCCUCUCCCUCCGCCGGACUGGACUGCCUGGACACUGCUGCUCUAAUCCGAUUCUGACUUUUGAACUCUCACCUUUGACCUGGCCACUGUCUCCCUCACCUCACUGCUAUGAUUGGCAUUGAGUUGAGCUGUGGUUGGUCGAUCAAUCAGGGAGGGGAGGGGCUAAGCGACUUUCCAUCCCAGGUGGGAGGGGGGGGGAAAGGACAACAAAAAAUAUGUUUUAAAAAAAACGAAUAAAAAAUGCUAUUGAAUUGUUAACUGCUUUAUGGGAAAUGGAGUUUGAGGACAACAUAUGUCUGUAGUUAGACAGAAGAUGAUGCCUAGGUCUUAACUUGACUUAUUGUCAGUCAAAAUGCUUUAAAGUUAGUAUUAUUAAUGUUAUUUAUUUACAUUUUUUGUUCAACUGUGAUAAUGAUUUUACUGUACCUAUAUAAACAAAACAUCCAGAGACUAUCAACACAAACUAUCAGAAAAGUGCUUUAUGUGACACGCUAUUCCAUUAAAUAGUGCACAAUUUUUGGGACCAGAUCCCCUCAGCUCUGGUCAAAAGUAGUGCACGAGAUAGGGAGCCAUUUGAGUUUGGGUGUUUCCAGGUUGAAAGGUCCUGCCACCACCUGUAGGUGGUAAAUGGUCCUCUCGCUCACAAGCUCUCGUUUUUUUAAACUAGGCAAGUCAAUUAAGAACAAAUUCUUAUUUACAUUGACAGCCUACCGGAGAACAGUGGGUUAACUGCUUUGUUCUGAGGCAGAACGACAGAUUUUUGACCUUGUCAGCUCAGGGAUUCAAUCUAGCAACCUUUCGGUUACUGGCCCAACGCUCUAACCACGAGGCUACCUGCCUCCUCUAACCACGAGGCUACCUGCCUCCUCUAACCACGAGGCUACCUGCCUCCUCUAACCACGAGGCUACCUGCCUCCUCUAACCACGAGGCUACCUGCCUGCUCUAACCACGAGGCUACCUGCCUCCCCUGUUUGGUUGGAUCCCUGUGGAGUUUACACAAUCCCACUAAUACACACAUCUCACUAAUACACACAACUCACUAAUACUGUCAGAAAGAGCUAUCUAGUACACACACAGAAGUAAAUCAACAGGGGUCAAUUAUCGAAACUGUGUGUGCGUGUGUGCUAGCGUAUGUGUGUGCUAUUGUGUGUGUGUGUGUGUGUGUGUGUGUGUGUGUGUGUGUGUGUGUGUGUGUGUGUGUGUGCAAGUGUCUGUGUGUUUCCAGGUAUGUUGUACAGGUGUAUCUCAGAUCUCAUACAGUAGACGCCAUGCCAACCUCGUGCCAACAUUUACUCCAGACCAUAUCAGCUCUAUGGCAAAAAAAAGGGGCGGCAGGUAGCCUCGUGGUUAGAGUGUAGGACUUGUCACCGA